AAGGGCCCCGUGGCUCCAGCUGUGACGGCUCCGCAGCAGACCCCCGUGGCCGUGGCCCCCCCGGCCCCCCCCCAGCCCCCCCAGCAGACGGGCGUCACCGCGAACACCGGGGGACCCAUCGUGUCCGGGGAAAUGCAGGAGAAUGUGAAGAAGUGUAAGAAUUUCCUGGCCACACUCAUCAAGCUGGCGUCUCACAACUCUCCGUCCCCAGAGACCUCGAAGAACGUCAAGUCUCUGGUCCAGGACCUGCUGGAUGCAAAGAUAGAACCGGAGGAGUUCACCAGCCGGCUGCAGACGGAGCUCAAGUCCUCUCCGCAGCCCUACCUGGUGCCCUUCCUCAAGAAGAGUCUCCCGGCCCUCCGGCUCUCUCUGUUGAGCAGUCAGCACACCGUGACCUAUCCCCCGCAUCAGGGACUCAAACCAGCACCCGGCGGCCCCCCCCCUGCCUUCGCGGCUGGGCCAGCUGUCCGCAUCCGCCCCCCCCACAGCGUCAGCGUCACCGCAGGAGCCGGGAUGGGACAUGCAGCUGGCAUGGGAAUGAGAGCAGGCGCUAUGAGUGGCCAGGUCCGGAUGCCCAUGGGGAUCACACAUCCUGUCAGAGCGCAAGGCACAAUGUGCAAGGCAGGAUUCAUCCAAGGCAGAAGUCCCAUGGCGGCUCAGAUGUGUGGAAAUCAGAAAAACAAGCUCAACGACCCCGGAGGAGGCUCUUUCAGGUACGAGGAGUCAAUCAAUCAAUCUUUAUUUAUGAAGAGCUUUUUAAGACACAGAAGGCAAAGUGAAUCACAACCAAAACAUGAGGGCAAACAAAUUAUUACAGAUUUUAAAUGAAAACAUAACUACACCCCAGUUCUUAAAUAUGAGGUACAAAAGUGCCUCAUUAACCAAAGAUAAACUCCCAUAAUCAAUUAAAACUCUUAAUACCAACAAAGGACAGCAAAAUGAAAUACAUAUAACAUUUUAAUAAAAACAAUACCACCCCCCAGUUCGUAACAGAGGUAAGACGAAGUGCUUCACAAACCAAUUAUUAUCAAAAACAAUAACGAUGAAUACAAAUUAAAAUAGUAUAAAAGCCCCCUCCCAGUUCAUAAGCAGAGCAGCACAUCAUCCCAUGAUCAAUACAAACAUUUAAUACCAACAUAUGGACAAAGAAUAUAUAAAAACAUCAUUACAGGAGUCUAU